AGUAUUACAUAAUUACUUCGUGAAUGCACUUCAAAAAGAAAAAGAAAAAAGAAAGGAAAGAUUAAGAAGCUUUUUCCAGGAGCAAUCCUGAAACCGAGAUCGUUGAUUUUUCUAGAAAAAAGAAAGCUGUUUUUCUUUAAAAACUGAUUGAAAUCGAAGAAUGUGGAUGUUUUAACGUAAUAACCGAUGCGGAGAUCUGUGUGGAUGAAUGGGCGAUGAUGAUGACGAGGGGUGAAAGAGAGAGCAGCAAUGGAGGUUAGAUCUGAGGGGGUACCAGUGAGGUGUGAUAAAGUAACAAAUUCUCAAGUAAUAGCAAGAACAAGAUUGCAGGUUUGGUUUAUAAGGGUUUGUUCAAGUAUUUUGCUAUGGACUGGUUUGGUUCAACUCGUCGCUGUUGGGGAGCUUUGGCGACCUAAUUUUAUUUCCACUUUUACCCAUAAAAUAUCUCAGAUCACGCCCUUUCCUCUUCAUCUUCAACUUCAACCUCCUCCUCCCCCUCCCCCUCCUCCACUUCUUCCCGCAAGAAACUAUACAAGUAAUGGUUUUCUUAAGGUGUCAUGCAACGGAGGCUUGAAUCAAAUGCGUGCAGCGGUUUGUGCUUCUUCCAUUGUUUGUUUAUGCCUUUUCUUGAUCGUUUUUCAGGUUAUUAACUCCGCUUCCCUGGCAUAUCAGAUAUGCGACAUGGUUGCUGUUGCCCGGCUUUUGAAUCUCACUUUGGUUGUUCCGGAACUUGACAAGACAUCUUUCUGGGCUGACCCUAGUAACUUUGAAGAUAUCUUUGAUGUGAAACAUUUCAUAGACUCACUAAGAGAUGAAGUUCGAAUAAUUCGAAGGGUGCCAAAAAGAUUUAAUAGGAAAUAUGGAUACAAAGUAUUCGAGAUGCCUCCAGUUAGUUGGUCAAAUGAGAAAUACUACCUGCAACAGAUUUUGCCACUUUUCAGCAAGGUAAAGGUGUUGCACUUCAACAAAACUGAUGCACGUCUGGCAAACAAUGGGAUCCCAGUUGAUCUUCAGAAACUCAGAUGCCGAGUUAAUUUUCAGGCUUUGAAAUUUACUUCCCAGAUUGAAAGUUUGGGGUACAAAUUAGUUCGCAUUCUUCAGGAAAGAGGGCCUUUUGUGGCUUUGCAUCUAAGAUAUGAAAUGGACAUGUUAGCUUUCUCAGGUUGCACCCACGGCUGCACCAAGGAAGAAGCUGAGGAGCUCAAGCAGUUAAGAUAUGCUUAUCCUUGGUGGAGGGAGAAAGAGAUAGUGUCUGAAGAGAGGAGAUCUCAAGGUUUGUGUCCUUUGACACCUGAGGAGACGGCUCUAAUUUUACAGGCUUUGGGUUUUGACAAGGAAACACAGAUAUAUAUUGCAGCCGGUGAGAUAUAUGGCAGUGAAAGCAGACUUGCAGCACUAAGGGCUGCGUUUCCACUUAUUGUGAGAAAGGAAAUGCUAUUGGAUCCAGCAGAACUGCAGCAAUUCCAGAAUCAUUCUUCUCAGAUGGCUGCUCUGGAUUUUAUGGUUUCAAUAGCCAGUAAUACUUUCAUUCCCACAUAUGAUGGAAAUAUGGCAAAAGUUGUGGAAGGUCAUCGCCGGUAUCUUGGCUUUAAAAAGACAAUCCUGCUAGAUCGAAAAAAACUUGUUGAGUUACUGGAUUUGCAUCAGAAUGGGACACUUACUUGGAAUAAGUUUGCAGUUGCUGUUCAAGCAGCACAUGAGAAGAGGAUGGGACAGCCAUCACGCCGGAAGGUUAUAGCAGAUAAACCAAAGGAGGAGGAUUAUUUUUACGCGAACCCGCAAGAAUGCCUUUGUGAGGGAACAAAUUGUGAUGACUUGCUGGGCCCUAAUAACUCAAGUUCAUUGCAACGACAACAGAAUACCAAGCGCAGAUUGAGAUGGUGUCCCUCCUAAUAGUAAAAAGUCUGGGCCAAAGAUCAUGCGGCUUCCAUGACAGAGAGCCUCAAAUGACAAAUAUACACAGUUCUUUGAAAGAACUGGCGGAGAAGAGUCCUGGAGUGUCAAUUUUAGGCAGUCAAAGGUCACGUUCUUACAUUUUUUGUUGUUGAUAUAUUUAUUUGAUUUAUUCUACUAGUAAAAGUUUGUUCAAUGAUAUAGUCCCACGUUUAGAAAAAAAAUACAUGUAGCAUUCUUAUUCUUUGAAUCAUAAAUUACAUGAAGAAUACUUUUACACUGCA